CAGGUCUUUCUCAAUGCUAGCAUAUACGGUCAGAUUUACCGCCUUUCUUCAAGCUUACACUUAGGUGGAUUCACUUUCAGGGUAAUUCUAGCGCACACUGUCGUUCUCCGCUAUCCAAGCGCAAGCCAACUCCAUUCACUGGGAUCGUUCCACGCACUGUAGUUUCACUCAUAGACGCCACCACAUCAUACCUUGUUAUGGAAAGUGUGGCAUUAGUGGAUUUUCCCUCAACAAUGGCCCAGGGUUCCUCUCGUUGACGCAUAGACAUUUCAGCACUUUGUUUCCCCGCGUUGGGCAAUCCACUAUCGACUAGUUAGUUUCAAAUGGUUUCUGAUCUUCUAUAAGCGUUUGCAAGUUAAUCAAUAUCACGACAACAUAUGGCCUAAAUCAAUUAGCAUCUCACUCACAACACCUGUACUUUACGUGUAAUUGUUGAUUACUGUAAAGAUGACCGCUAGUAUUGACAGUAUUGAGGAGAGCAGCGAUCCUGACCGCUCUCUCCAUUCCAUAGAUUCUGACGAUGAUGUCUUCCAUGGCCGUGCUGGUCCAGUGCUGCUCAACAAAACAAGUGAGGGGGCAAAGGCCAGCACGGAUGCCGUCUCUCACUCACUUAUCGCCUCUGAGCUUGGAGAAGAAGACCACAUCUCCCAACAGGCUCUCGAGUCCCCCACUAGGCACCCCUCCCCAGAUCCAAACACCUCUCCCGGCCUUUUUAGGUCUGAAGACGAAGACUCCUCAUUGGUACUGAAACGCAACAUCAAACUGAAGUAUACUCACAGCACGUCUUCCCUGCCCAACAUGAGCGGACCCAAGCGAGCGCGCAACACCAAAACCAAAGUUGACGACAACGAUGCUAUCUCACCACAAGUUCCCAAGCAUAACAGCAACCGCCAUCUAGAAGAAGACCCUGAGGCGCAAACCAUCAAGACGCUCCGCGACGACCAACACAUGAAGUUCCACGACAUCGUCUCCCACCUCAACCAAGCGCGUCUUGCCCGCGGCGAAGCAGCAACAUGGACCGAGCCCGCAGUCUACAGCCGCCUCGUCCGCAGCACACCGCGUCUCGCAACCGCCACACACGAAAUCGGCUUCGACCCCAAGGACUACAUGCACCUGCGCCACCCCAACCUGUACACCGACGACAACGGCACGGGCACGACCAGCAAGGCGGGCAAGAAGCGCGUCAAGAACUACGACAACGCCAUGGAACUCAGGGUGAAUCUGCGCGCGAAGCUGGAUGAUCAGGCUGAGCUCGAGACGGCGGAGAAGUCGGAGCAGCUUUUGCUGGCGGUGGCGAAGGUCGAGCGCAACUUCUGGGUCUUGGUGGCGGAUGAGAUGGAGAGGGCUACUACGAAACUGUAUGCGCCGGAGGUUUUGCGGGGUCGUUAUCGUGAUAUCUGAGGUUGGUUGGGACUGACUGGUUACGGGGCGUUACGGUGUUCGGGUUCGUUUACACGGUGGAUGGGUUUUAGGUUCACUGGCUUCAUCAUUCUCGUCUUGCAACUAGCAAGGCCAGGACUGCCAUCGCAACUAUUCAUGUCUUCAUCGAAGGUCUUUACUCCAUAAAUAGUUUCAGUAUCAAUAACUAGAGCAC